AAAAUGAUGACAGGUAACGCGCACACAGACAACCCCCCCUCCCCCGCAGGCCCCGCACGCCGCCUCGGCCCUUAAACACCCGCGGCGCCGCCGGACACCGCAGUGCUGUCGGAACGAACCCGGAGUCGAGCGGCGAGGACGAACUGACACUUGGCGUCUGCAGGGCCCCGGCAGUUGGAAACCGCGGACGCUCGCCGCCCGUCUCUGCUUUCUGGGAAGACCGGCGGGGAGAGGCGGUUCAAGAAGAAGGAUUUGGCAUCAGUUCUUUCUGAGGAGUGGUGGUGGUGGGGUGGAAAGAACGCGUUUUUCUUUAAAUUAAAAAAAAACGUAUUUUGUAACGCUUCUAAACCGGGAGAAAUGGAGGAAUGGAACUCGCUUCCGAACUACAGCUCCGCCUAUCACACCUACGCUUACGGCAUGACCUACCCGCCGCCGCCCGUCCAGAAUCACCCGUCCUUGGGCUGGAGCGGCACCGGCUUCACCCCCUCCGGCUCGGACGGCCUCUUCCUCGACGUCCCGCCGACGGCACCCCAGAAUGCCCUGCCUCAGGACGCCACCCGUGUUCCCGGGGUCCCGCUGGCUGGAUCCCCGAGCGACUCCUCCAGCGAGACGGAGCCCAGCACCCCCGACUCCUGGAGCUCGCCCAGCACCGACGAGAGCUACGCCCUGAGGCCCCCUCCUGCGCCCUGCAGCCCGGCUGAGACUGCCUGCGCCGAGCCCGCACCCUGCAGCCCGGCUGAGACUGCCUGCGCCGAGCCCGCACCCUGCAGCCCGGCUGAGAUUGCCUGGGCUGAGCCCGCGUCCAGCAGCCAGGCUGAAGGUGUAGGGGAGCAGGGGGCUCUGCUGGAGCCAGGCCCGGCUCUGGCGGCCGGGAAACGCUCCCACAGACUCCGCAUGGCCUACUCGGAGAGACAGGUCAUGGUGCUGUGCGAGUGCUACAUGAUCAAGAUGUACCUCACUCCAGCAGAGAUGAAGAGCCUGGCUGACAAGAUCGGACUGUCUUACAAACAGGUUAAGUCCUGGUUUCAGAACCGCAGGAUGAGAGAAAAGAGGCUGCAGAAGAAAAUGACCAGUGGGGGGGAGCUGGUCCUCAGUUCUGUCUAUCCCAGUAUUCAAGCUCAGGCAUCAAAAGGGCCAAGCUCUGUGUACCCUAAGAUUUCUCCACAGACCUCAGAAAGCCUCAGCUCUGUGUACCCUGAUAUUUCACCUCAGAUGUUGACAGAUCCCACCUGUCCUUACUCCAGUAUUCCACAUCAGCCCCUGGAAAGCUCCAGUUCUGUGUACCCCAAUAUUUCACCUCAGGUCUUGGUAAACCCCAGCUGUUGUUAUCCCAGUAUUCCACCUCGUAUCUCAGAAAGCCCCAGCUCUGCGUAUCCCUAUAUUCCACCCCAGUUUCGGGGCUUUUACUCCACAAGCCAGUUUGGGAACCAGGGGUAUUUCAAAAAGAAUCCACCACCCUACUACCCCUCUCAGCCCUGUUAUCCCUCCCGUGUGAAUGUGGCCGCUGGGUCUCUGGAGAGCUGGGCGCUGCCUUCUGCUGGGCGCUUCAAGUAUGGCAGCCUGAACGGUCCCAUUAGAUACAGCGGCAAAGUCAUCGGCUACGAGUGCAGCACUGCUCCUCUCCAGCCCCAGGCCUCUGCCACGCUCCCCCAGUGGGGAGGAGAGGAGCUGCAGAUCCCGGCCUCCUUCAGGAAGUGAAUUCUGCACUUUUCACGUCUUUUCCUUUUUUUAAGUACACACCCAUUUUUAUGACUUUAAGUGUUGGGGGGUGGAUGGGUGGGUGUAGUCUAUUGUAUAGUUGUAACUUUUUUAACAAGUUAAAGGGUGUGUACAUGGAGUGGCGGCGAACUUGUAAGGCUUUGUUGGAUGACACUGGAUGAUGACAUCUUGUGCUUAAAUGUUUUUAUUUUUUUAACUUCAGCAACGAGUCACGUUGUGAUAUUGUAUUUUGUAACCUUUGUGUGAAAUAUACCUACUUUUUAUGUGGCAGACAACUUUUGAUGCUGGCUGUUGUAGUUGAAAAGUUCUCCUCCUCCGUGUUCGAAACCCACAGUGUCUGUCUUGUAGGGCGACGCUACCCAGGUACUGCUGGGGGAUCAGCCCCAGACCUCUGCCGCGCCCCCCAGGAGGGAGUGGUGAACCACAGUUCUUCACCUUCUCCGGAAACUGACGAAGCCUUGUUAAUGUUUUCCUCUUUAAAAUGAUGUACCAUUUGUUUUAUUUUGCACUUCGUGGGGAGUGGUGUGGGGUUUUGCAUCGUUUAAAUCUUGUACUCUUUAAAAAUGUACACAGGUCUCUGUGACUUGAUUCAAACAGGUGGGGGAGAACAUUUGAAGCUUUUUUUGGAUGAAACUGAAUUGAGAAAUAU